GCCUGAAGGGCUCAUGAGAUGACGAAGUGAUGGGGAGAGGUUGGUCAUAUAGGUGGUACCGUAAUGUUUUGGCUGGGUUGAAGAGAGAAUACGCUAAGCGGUUUGCUCGAAAGAGAUGGACCAGAGGGCAGUCGUUGUUCGAAGUGAAUCGCACCGGUAGUCGAUCCGCUACUGAUCUCAACAUCAUUGGAAUCCGAGAGGUUAUAGCCGACGUUGACCCGAAGAUGGUCGCAGGCGAUGUGAUUUGUUAUCUGCUCGGGCACAUCAGAUACACCCUGCCGUCUCUGACCUUCAAGGUGGAGGCCGGUCACCCGCUCCUCGAUGGUAUGAUUGGGUUUUUAGAGCGACUGAUUUUCACACCGGUUCUGUUAUCAGGGUUCCUGGAUGUUCAAGCACCGCCAAGAAGGUUCGAGCCAGAGGUUUGCGCCGCACUGCUUACGGUAAACAAUGUCCAGGAAGUUACGGUGAUGGAUCUGCAAAAGGGGACGGUUGCAUCCCCGAGUCAACACUCUCUGCAUCUUCAGCAACAGCCGUCGAGGAGUGAGAAGCAACCACCUUCUAUGGAGUUCUUUGCUCCUGAGCUCCCUUUUAAGGAUGGCAAGGCAACGUUGGAGCAGCUAGAAGCUGCUGUUGAGAUCAGGGAGUACCGAGAGCCCUUGGUCCCACUCUUGCCCGACAUGAGGUUGUUGCUGGGUGCGAAACCGAGCAACGUCCCGGAUGCCCAGAUUCGGCGGAACGUAGCUUUUGCAGCACUUCUCUCAGGUCUGUCAAGCAACGAGCUGGCAGCUUGCUACGGCAGCCAUGGUCGAAGGCAGCAGGUUGUUCCUGAGCCCUUUACAGUUAAGUACAGGGGCAAGUGCAUUACCACACUGACCGACUUCAUCACAGAGCUCACGACAAGUGGCCAUGAGAUCAGCGCUAUGAGCAUUGUACGAUCGAUAUACACUCUGGAACUCCACCACCUCGACCAGAAGACAGGGAAACUUCUAGAUGUUCCGGUUCAACCCAUGAUAUAUACUGGUGUGCCCGGCGCAUUUGUGCCGCCUUUCCAUGGGGAGUGGGUGUUCACAGUGCAAGGGAGACACUUCAAUGCCAGAGUCAAGUGGCUCAUGCAGGUGGGAACCCAUGGCCCCAGCGGAGCAGUCUUCCUCCCCUUCGACACCCAUGUCUAUCCUGCCUAUGCUGGAGGUAAGGAGAGGCCAGUGGUGUCCCGGUCAGUGUCCACGUUAAGAACGACGAGUAAUGUAUCUGUAUCUGGAUCUGGAUCUGGAUCUCUUCCGAGUCACCACAAAGGAUCAUCCGGAUCUGAAUCGGAUAUCCCGGACAUCAAUCUGGCGGGUAGGCUCCUCUUGAAUGCCGGACUUAUCAGUCAGAUUUUCGCCUUGUAUGCUGAGAGGACCUGUCUUCCACUGGGUGGCUAUGGCAACUACGGCAUCUGCAAUGACAGCACAGAACUUCUGUCGUUGAUGACUGGUGUUGGAUCGACCAAGCUGUACCCUCUUAUGAACAGAAGGUAUAUCAUGCGUGGGGUUGCCGCCUUUGCGGAGGACCUUGCAGCUGCAGGCGUGGGUACCAAGUACAGGAAGAAGAAAGGAACAUCGACGAUGCUAGGGAGACCACCUGCGGUCCAGAAAGCCGGUCUUUCCCUUGAGACCUGCCGGCAGCUGCUCUGCUUUGCUGCUGCCGCCAGGCUCAUCAACAGUGAUGUCGAUGGGGCAGCUGCUAGCAACUUGAAUGGGGAGCUUCCGCAUCCAUCCAACGUGGCCACGAGGGUACUUUCUUCCUGGCCAUGGGAGGCAGGGAAGGAGCCUUUUGUCCAUGCAUCAGCUGCCAAGGUCGCUCUGCAGAACGCUGCUAACCCAGCUCUCCUGCUGAAGGCACAGACGAGGCUCAUCAGCGUCAAGAGGCCUGCAAGAAGAAGCCAGAGAAGGAGAAGAAUUCUCGGCCCUCUCUGGAGAUCUCUGCGCCCGAAAUGAGCAUCCUCGGCGUGUUUUCUUCUGCGGAUGACAAUACCGCGCAUUAUUAUUUGUGUACGUGUGCCUGCACUUCCGUGCCUGUGUGUUGGUACGCAUGCCAUGUUCUUUCUCAAAUCGCCAGAAUUAUUCGUAUCUGUGUUUGCGUGUGCAUGUGUAUGUGUGUGUUCAGGCAUGUGCAUUCAUACUUGCAGAUGCUUUUGACUGUCCCAUGCACACUCUUUGGCCCGAAAUCGGGAUUAGUCAAAUAAAUGUUGUACCCGAUG